UCUGCAGGAAGAACCAGAUCACUGUUUCCAGUGCACACCAAACCACACACACCACUCUGCUGUGCCACUAUUGACACUGUGACUUCUCUGUGUGAUGAUGUUAUCUUGCAUGGCUACCACCUGCUUACAUAACAGACAAAUUUGGGUUGUACCCGGAGUUGUUUCAGUUGCUGCUGAUGAUUCGGGCUCUGGGGGAAGUAUUACAUUCUUGGAUACAUCAUUCCAAGUUGCCUUUUAAAAAUGGCAAAGUUACUGAAUUGGUAUCCUGCAUCUUACUUUUCUAGUGGGUCUUUCUGGUGACUGAUUCUUCUCACCUCCUGACUCCUUCGGUAUUUGGCUUUGAGGGACUUUGCAGGCAUCAGGUGAGAAGAACUCUGUUUCAUUUUUUAGCAGGAAUGUCAAGCUUAGCCUUUGCAAGUUUUUGCUAAGGAACUCAGGAAAAUUUAAUUUUGAUUUUACAUUUUAUUAUGUUAUUACUUGAAGAGCAGUUUCUGAGUAGAAAUUAAGCUGCACUGCAAGCAUGUAUUUAGAGCUACCUGAAGCAUUUAUAUGAAUAAUGAAAGCAUGUUAGAUUCUAUAUGUAGCUGUUUUUAGCACCCUCUCUUCUCACCCAAGAGACAAAUAAUUUCUGUGGGCAAAUAACAUGGGAUCUGUAGCCAAACCAGCUUACAAAUUUGACAGCCCUGAGGCCUGGCCAGCCCUUGUUCAUCCACGCCAGCCAAAGCUCAGGGCAAGAAAAUUCCAAAAUAACAAUUCAGACGCCUUCACAAGCCUGGCACUGCUGUGCCUGGGCAUCCCCCAGGCCCUGGGCAGGUGGGUUCCCUGCGGUGACUCGCUCCCCUGCCAGCAGAAGGUGGCCAGCACGUGUUCCCUUCGCAUGACGCUGCGUGUUUAUUCACAGCGCUGCGAGAUCGGCUGCGGUGCAUUUUCAUUCUGUGCAUUGUUCUCCGGGCUGGUGAUGCCACCGCAUUGUGCUGAGUUUUGAAGAGUGCGAGCAGCCCUGCUGAUGUGACUCCCUGGACGCCUACUUUCCACUGGCCUGGGAUAAAAUUGGGUGGCUGUGUCUGCGGGACGCAGGCGCGUGCGGCGAGGCAGAGCCAUGGGGUUAGUGUAGCUGGGCCCCUGGGGAACUAUGCAGGACUCACCCAGCUCCCUGGUGAUGGAUGGAUACUCCAGCAAUGUCCCAGCCUUCCUAACCAAACUCUGGACGCUGGUGGAAGAUCCUGAAACAAACCAUCUCAUCUGCUGGAGUUCUAAUGGCACCAGCUUCCAUGUGUUCGACCAGGGCCGCUUUGCCAAGGAGGUGCUGCCCAAGUACUUCAAGCACAACAACAUGGCCAGCUUUGUCCGGCAGCUGAACAUGUAUGGCUUCAGGAAGGUGGUGAACAUCGAGCAGGGGGGGCUGGUCAAGCCCGAGCGGGAUGACACUGAGUUCCAGCACCUCUGCUUCCUGCAGGGCCACGAGCACCUCCUGGAGCACAUCAAGAGGAAGGUGUCAGUAGUGAAAAGUGAGGAGACCAAGAUGCGCCAGGAGGACCUGAGCAGGUUGCUGUAUGAGGUGCAGAUCCUGAGGAGUCAGCAGGAGAACAUGGAGUGUCAAGUGCAGGACAUGAAGCAGCAAAACGAAGUCCUUUGGCGGGAAGUUGUUUCUCUCCGGCAGAAUCACUCGCAGCAGCAGAAAGUGAUCAACAAGCUGAUUCAGUUUCUGUUUGGCCAGCUGCAAUCCAGCCCCAGCAGCGCUGGGAUAAAGAGGAAGCUACCUCUGAUGCUCGACAAUGGGAUGUCAGCUCCCCCCGUGUCCAAGUUCAGCCGGCACUUGUCUGCAGAGCCGCUCCAUGACCCCUAUUUCAUCCAGUCGCCAUCAACAGAACCUGCCUCUUGCUUAAACAGCCCUGGAAUUGCGGGAGGACCCAUCAUAUCUGAUGUCACUGAAGCAUCACCAUCCAACAUCAUAAAUAUGCAGCCUCCUCCUGAAAAUGACAGGGAGAAGUGCCUGAUGCUGAUCAAGGAGGAGCCGGUGAGCCCCGGUGUGAAGGCGGCGGCCGAGCCCCUGCCGGGCUGCCGGGCCUGCUCGGAGCCGCCGGUGCUGCCGGUGGCCAUGGUGCAGUCUGUCCUGGAGGGCAAGGGGAGCUGUGCUGCCCCCCCAGGAGCCUCCCAGCCAGCUGACAGGAGGGGCAGGAGGGCACUGCUGGACAGAACAGAUAUUUCAGACCCGCUGGAGGGCACUGACUGGAGCCUGGAGGGGCUGCAGCUGCUGCUGAGGAGCCAGCAGUACGGCCUGGAGCCUGCCAGCCUGCUGGAUGUCUUUAAUCCCAAUUUGUCUUUGAGUGAGUGGAACGUGACUGAAAUGGAGGCCAGUCUGUCCCCGAUGCAGCGACUCACAGUGGAUCUGGAGAAGAAUGCAACUGAGCUGCCCCCGAAAGUGUUCAACCCCCCGUUCAACAACACCUGCCCAGGGAAAGAUGCCAUUCUGGAAAGUGCCCAGCAGUUCCUCCUCGACCGUCAGUCCCUCUUCGGAAACGACCUCCUCAGCUUGCCUGAAAGCUCCUCCCUCUAUGUUCCAUCUGAAAAUGUGGCUUCCUACCUGUCCUCUGUGGGGGUCCAAGGGGACAUCCCUUUAAACCUGAGCUCCUCAACAGACAACAGCCAGUGAUUUUGCUUCCAGGAACCACCAUCUCCCUCCCACCCACCCAAGCAUCCACAGGUUUGAAUGUAAAGAAACAAAAGUGACUCAGAAACCCAACAGAGAGUUUAUUUUUGUGCCCUUUUUUUUUUUUUUUGGAGUAGAUGGAAAUGGUUGGUAGCUGUUGCAUUGCUCUCCCUGCACCUAGUUGUCAGUGUUUUUUAAAACAAAAUACUGUUUCUGGUGCUUGCUCCUAGGGGGAGUGAGAACUUGGCAGGAUUUUUUUUUCUUGAAAAUGCUUUUAGAAAUUUCAAAACCUCUGAUAAAAUGUAAGUGAUAAGUAGCUUGAAAGUCCAUCUGGGACUUCAUAAAUAGUGAUCCUGACUAGUGUCUGGCAAACUGUGGGAUUUUAUAGGGGCAGCACAGAUUAGCUAAGAUGCCUGACCCUUCUUGAUGCUGUUCUUGAAAUAGGAAAGGAAUCCAAUGCUCUACAGAUAUUUUUUAAUCCAUUUUCUGGGUUUGAUGGGAUGCACCUGUGCCUCUCCCUUGUCCUCCUAGGGUGAGGAGGAAACAGAUGUCUCAGGGUGUGCAGAAGAUCAUUUCCUGAGUGACCCCCAGGGCUGUGGCUCCCAGGGGAGCUCCAGACCAUCACAGGCCACAAACCAUCCCACGCUGAGUUAAGAGCAUUUGUUGUUUGGGAUUUGUUUUGCCCCAAAUUUCUUUUCUCUCAGAUAAAGGCAGGGCACUCCAUACUU